AUGAAUGAUACAAAAUCAAAUGAAGUUAUCAAACCAAAAAUCUCAACAGAAUUAGAUGAUGGAGAUAAUAAACUUUAUUCAUUCGAAUCCAAUUAUGGCAAAAGCUUUACUUUUGAAAAUGGUCAAUUAAAAGAACAUAAUGAAAAUAGUACAGUCACUAAAGGUAAUGAACAUGGUUCCAUUUCAAAAAAAACUGAAAAGAAUACCCAAUUCCAAAAGCCAUUACCACCAACCCCAAAUGAUAAAGAGGAAGCUAAUAAUCCAGUAGAUUUUGUUGCUGACAAUUUAGGUCUUAAACAUUUAAAUAAAAAUCCAAAUGUUGGUCCAGAGCAAUACUUUACCUCAUUCCAAAAAUUUGUUCCAAAGAACAAUACCACUGAUCCACUACCAGAUACAAAAAAAUAG